CAUUCAGUCUCUCGUUGUCUUCAACGGAAAUCUCUCUCUAUUUGAAGAUAUAUGUGUACUAUAAAAUCACUGAGUUAUUGGAGGAGAUCGCAGGACAGGACUCUGCAAAUCUGGGAGUCCGGUCGAUAUUUGAAAGCUGAGAAGUUUGUAUUACGACUUCAAGCUUUGUUAGGGGAACUGAGAAACGUUUGAUAACAGUGAUCAGUUUGCUCUUCUUUGGGAUCGAAUCGAGCUGGACACCAUGGGGUUUGAAUUAGGCUCUGUUGUGAUGAAAUUGGGAAUGGUCUCUACAUCUGAUCACAGUUCUGUGGUCUCCAUGAAUCUAUUUGUGGCGCUUCUCUGCGCGUGUAUUGUGGUGGGUCACUUGUUAGAGGAGUAUCGAUGGAUGAACGAGUCAAUCACAGCCCUUGCGCUUGGUCUGUGCACAGGAAUUAUUAUUCUACUAACCACCCGAGGAAAAAGCUCACAUAUUUUAGUAUUCAGUGAAGAUCUUUUCUUUAUUUAUCUUCUUCCACCUAUCAUUUUUAAUGCUGGCUUCCAGGUGAAAAAGAAGCAGUUUUUUCGUAACUUCAUGACCAUCAUGCUGUUUGGAGCUAUUGGAACUCUGAUAUCUUUUGGCAUCAUAUCAUUAGGUGCUAUACACUUUUUCAAGAAGAUGAAAAUUGGCUCCCUUGAUAUAGGGGAUUACCUCGCACUUGGAGCAAUAUUUUCUGCAACAGAUUCCGUUUGCACAUUGCAGGUGCUUAAUCAGGAUGAGACACCCUUACUCUACAGUCUGGUUUUUGGAGAAGGUGUUGUGAAUGAUGCCACAUCUGUGGUGCUUUUCAAUGCAAUCCAGAGCUUUGACCUCUCUCACAUCGAUUCAAGCAUUGCCUUGCAGUUCAUUGGCAACUUUUUGUAUUUAUUUAUCACAAGUACCAUGCUGGGAGUUUUUGCUGGACUGCUUAGCGCAUAUAUUAUUAAAAAGCUCUAUUUUGGAAGGCAUUCGACUGAUCGGGAGGUUGCAAUCAUGAUACUCAUGGCUUACCUUUCGUAUAUGCUGGCUGAACUGUUCUAUUUAAGUGCCAUUCUCACAGUGUUCUUUUGCGGGAUUGUCAUGUCUCACUACACAUGGCAUAAUGUGACUGAAAGUUCAAGAGUGACUACCAAGCAUGCUUUUGCGACAUUGUCAUUUGUUGCUGAAAUUUUUAUCUUUCUAUAUGUUGGCAUGGAUGCCUUGGACAUUGAGAAAUGGAGAUUUGUAAGUGAUAGCCCUGGAAAAUCAAUUGGUGUGAGCUCGAUACUGUUGGGACUGGUUCUGGUUGGAAGGGCAGCAUUUGUUUUCCCUUUAUCCUUUCUGUCCAACUUGACUAAGAAAUCAUCAAGCGAGAAAAUUCACAUAAAACAGCAAGUCACAAUUUGGUGGGCUGGUCUUAUGCGUGGUGCUGUUUCUAUGGCACUAGCUUAUAAUCAGUUUACUAGGGCAGGCCAUACUCAAUUGCGCGGGAAUGCAAUUAUGAUCACCAGUACUAUCUCAGUUGUUCUUUUCAGUACAGUGGUGUUUGGGUUGAUGACAAAGCCUUUAGUGAGGUUAUUGCUUCCUUCUCCAAAACCCUUCACCAGCAUGAUUUCUUCUGAACCAUCCAGUCCUAAAUACCUCGUUGUCCCACUUAUCGGUAAUGGGGAGGAGACAGAAACUGACCAGGCCAGCCAAAAUGUACCCCGCCCCACCAGCUUACGGAUGCUCCUAAGCACUCCCAGUCACACUGUUCACCAUUACUGGCGAAAAUUUGAUGAUUCCUUCAUGAGACCUGUUUUUGGUGGACGUGGAUUUACACCCUUCAUCCCUGGAUCACCCACUGAACCAAACCUUGGUCAAUGGCGAUGAGAAGGUAACCAACAAAUCCUGAACAAUGGUAAUGAGAAUGAAACCAAAGCAAAGAUACAUACACUAAUUACACGUCUUGUAGCUAGGGCAUGCAAUCGGCUUUCUGUGUGAAUUUUGUCAAUAUUUGAGAGAUUUCAGUCUGGGAUCGUGACAAUUUGCUUGUAAUUUGGUUUGAUUGAGGUUGUUUUGAAUAUGUAUUUCUUUAGCCACAAUGUUCUUGAGUGUGAAGAUGCAUUGUAAGUGAGAUUCUAUUCCUGGCAGUGCAUUUCAGCACAAGUCUCUAUUUUUUUGGAUUGUAAUAUAAGAGUUUAAUGUAUUCUAACAUUAUUUUUGUCCAUUUCUCCUCUAUUUUUUGAU